AUGGCGAGCACCAACAGCUGUGCGGUACAAGGAGGAUGCCCUACCGAUUAUGUAGCCAUAGCCAUUGCCAUACUCUCUAUCAUGCUGCUUCUUUCGAGGUCGGUGUUUCCCUGCUUGAUCCACAAGGUUCCAAGAACCAACGGUAGUGGUUUCUGGUUCCCGGUGUUUCAAGUUUUUGGCAGCUUCAACCUUUUGCUAUCUCUAGUGCUGUCAAUCAACUUCCUGAAAUUAGAAAAGAAGCAUUGGUGGACAUCCUGCUAUAUCUGGGCAGUGUGGUUCGAAGGUCCCCUAGGAUUUGGUUUGUUGCUAAGCUGCCGUAUUGCACAGGCAUUUCAACUGUACUUCAUAUUUGUCAAGAGACGAUUACCACCAAUAAGAUCCUAUGUGUUUCUGCCGUUGGCUCUCUCGCCAUGGAUUGCUGGAGCUGCAUUUAUCCAUGCAAAGAAGGCAAUGAAUCACCGUUGCCACAUGGGGACACGGUGGAUAGUCCCAGUUACGUGCCUUCACACGCUCUAUGUUGUUGCUUUAGUUGGAUGCACCAGGUCUAUUCGGCAUAUCGAGUUCAAGUUUGAUGAACUCAAGGACCUUUGGCAGGGGAUACUUGUUUCUUCAUCAUCCAUAGGAGUUUGGGUGGUUGCGUAUAUAUUGAAUGAAGUCCAUGAUGAUGUUGCGUGGCUCCAAGUUCUGUCAAGAUUUUUGCUUCUGGUUACGGCAAGUGUUCUUGUGUUGGCUUUCUUCUCCAUGUCAAGUUCUCAGCCUUUGCUCGCUCAAAUCAGCUUGAGGAGAAGGGAACCUUCAGAAUUUCGAUCAAUGGGUCAAGCGCUGGGAAUACCUGAUAGUGGGCUUCUUUUUCAACGAGAUCCAGCUCCAGGCGUUGACCCUUCCGACCCACUAGAUAAGCUUCUUCUCAACCGAAGAUUCCGCCAAUCAUUUAUGGCAUUUGCUGACAGUUGUUUAGCUGGGGAAAGUGUGCAUUUCUACAAUGAAGUCUAUGAACUCGGUAAAAUUCCUACUGAUGACCCUGUACGAAGCAUUUACAUGGCACGCCACAUUAUCGAGAAGUAUGUAGUUGCAGGUGCACCGAUGGAGGUAAACAUUUCUUAUCGAACACGGCAAGACAUAUUGACGACAACCAACCUGGCAGACCCUGAUCUCUUCAGCGCUGCACUGAACGAAGUGAUGCAGCUCAUGAAAACGAAUCUUGCAAAAGAUUACUGGUCAUCCAUGUACUAUCUCAAGUUGAAAGAGGAAGCAAGUGCUUGGUCCAGUCGCAUCGAAGUUGAAGGAAUAGGCGUUGGCGGUAACUUCUCCCCUCGACUGAGCUCAGUUCACGGUGCUGUUGAUGAUCCAUUCCACCACGACCAGUAUGUAAAACCUGGCUGUCUGUAA